AUGGAACACAGAUGCUUACAAACAGAAGAGAGAAAAAGCAAAGACUAAUAGAGCAUCUGAGAGGGGAAAAGCAACUUGGAUGGGAUGUCACUCAGGCAGAGAUACAUCUCUAUCUUCAUGUUAAUCCUGAAACAAAUGGGUAUACUGAUGAAAUAUCAAAAAUGAUUCAGGAACAACUUCAACAAAUCAUGAAAGAAUGGGAUGAUCAUCAAGCUACUCUUCCUCCUGCUCAGCGAGCUGGUCCAGUGCAGCGGAAACAAUAUGAGACCGCAAGUUUUAUGCACAUCAGUGGUGGCAAGUACAAAGGGCGUGUGCUGGGUGCCGGUAGUUUAUCAUCAACCUUUGUGAAAGGUCCAACCGGCUAUAUUCAGACUGAGACGUCUUCUUCUUAUGCUAGUACGGAUCGAUCUCAUCGUCCGUCGAUAGAUAAUGAUCUUGACCAGUUAAAGAAGCAAUGGGCAAGUGAGCAAGAAGAAAAGACACAACAGCUGAUACAAGCCGCAAUUGAUAAAUUGAAUGAGGAAUGGAAACAAAAGUUUCAAGAGCAGCAGCAGCAGUUUCAACAGCAACAACAAUUUCAACAACAACAAUUUUCAUUUUCUCCUGUAUUUCAUCAGCAGUUUCCGCCUCGGCCUCAAUACUUGCAUCAACAACCACUAUUCCAGCAGCAACAAAAUUACUCUCAAUACUCCCAACAGCAGCAACCGCCUCCAAAUUUCCAACAACAACACCAGGAUCCUCCAAACUCUGCCUUCCAGCAACAACAACAGCUGCCAAUGUUUCAGCAACAACAAUAUUUUCAUAAUUAUCAGUAUGUUCCGUCCUCUUCACAUCAACUUCCUCAACCUCAACCAGAUCAUCAAACUGCAUACCGACCAACUAUGCCAACAGCUGGGUUGAUCAGACCAGAUUUAAAUCAACCUCAACCAGCUAGGGCAGGGCUCCUCCUUCGACUAGUGGUGGUGCCAUUGAAGAUGAAAUUCAAUUUUAAACCAUGAUGUCUCCUCCAACACAAAUUAAUAAUACUUUUGAGGGACUUCUUUCGUCGGGUAACAUUGCAGGAAAUAAUGAUGGUGGGAGUGGAGCUGAUCAGAGGAAUUAUUAUGAGGAUUGAUGUCAUUUGAAUAAUUUCAUAAUUUAUUUUUGGGUUGUAUGAACACAUAUUAAUUAUGUUGUCCUAGUUAAUUAUUGCGUGUUUAAUUUUGGGUUUGUAAGACAUUAUUUAUAAAUUUUGGGUUUGUAAGAUAUUAUUUGUUAA